CUCUCUCUCAGCUCAAAACUGAAGAACAAGGAAAAACAAGAGAGAAGAAAAAUGUCAAAUAAACCCCCCAUUUUCCCUAUACUACCUCCACAGCAUUUUACCGACUAUGGAUUUGAACCCCAAAUCGACUACUUUCAGGUAAUGGAAGAAGCAAGAAAGCACAAGAGAGAAUCAAGAUCCAUAGACCUGCAUUUCAAGCUCCAGAAACCCAUCUCCAAAGACAAGAAGAACACCAAGAAACGCUGGUGGCGGAACUCCCUCCUCGACUUCUUCAAGCUCCCCAAGUGGGCUGAGCCGCCGUCCUCCGCCGCCGCUACUGGCGCCGCUCGCCGCCACCACCACCACCACCGCAUUGGAUCGAUAUCCAGCCCGGUUUACAUCACCGAGAGCAGGAGCGGUUCGUCUUCCCCGUACAGAAACGCCGGCAGAGUACCGGGCGGUGGUGCGGCGGCGGAGAUCCCGUACAUGAGCCUCAGGGAGCUUAAUAUGGACGACAACCACAGGAUCUCCACCACUGCUACGCCCAUAUAUUUGGUCACGUGAUUGCUCUGACCAUUUGUUUUACCUUUUUCUGUGAAACAUUUGAUUAUUAAUUACGUGUUUAUUUUUAA